CCGUGUGCGCGGCUCGAGUCGUCAAUUAGCACACGCACAACUCGAUCCGCCGGACGUAAUCACGAUGUCGUCGCGGGAAUCGGAUAUCAUGGAGGAGUACGCGGAGACGGUGAAGGAGCGGAGAACAGAGGAGAAGCUCAAGGACGUGAACCUGGACGACUGGCUCCCGAUCACGUCGUCGCGCACGGCCAAGUGGUACUACUCGGCGUUCCACAACGUGACGGCCAUGGUGGGCGCCGGCGUGCUGGGCCUCCCCUUCGCCAUGGCCCAGCUCGGCUGGGGCCCAGGAGUGGCCGUCAUCGUCGCCUCCUUCGUCAUCACGCUCUACACGCUGUGGCAGCUGGUGGAGAUGCACGAGAUGGUGCCCGGGAAGCGGUUCGACCGGUACCACGAGCUCGGCCAGCACGCCUUCGGCGACAAGCUGGGCCUCUGGAUCAUCGUCCCGCAGCAGCUCAUCGUCGAGGUCGGCACCGACAUCGUGUACAUGGUCACGGGCGGCCAGUCGCUCAAGAAGUUCCACGACCUCGUCUGCAACGGCAGGUGCAAGGACAUCCGCCUCACCUUCUUCAUCAUGAUCUUCGGCGCCGUCCACUUCGUGCUCUCCCAGAUGCCCAACUUCAACUCCAUCUCUGGCGUGUCAGCCGCCGCCGCCGUCAUGUCCUUGUGUUACUCCAUGGUCGCCUUCUUCACGUCGGCGGUCAAGGGCCACGUGGGCGCGGCCGUUGACUACGGGCUGAAGGCGACGACCACGGUGGGGCAGGUCUUCGGCAUGCUGAACGGGCUAGGGGCGGUGGCCUUCGCGUUCGCGGGCCACAGCGUGGUGCUGGAGAUCCAAGCGACGAUCCCUUCGACGCCGGAGCAGCCAUCGAAGAAGCCGAUGUGGCGCGGGGUGGUCGUCGCCUACGCCGCCGUGGCGCUCUGCUACUUCUGCGUCGCCUUCGGGGGCUACUACGCCUUCGGGAACUCCGUCGACCCCAACGUGCUCAUCACGCUGGAGAAGCCACGCUGGCUCAUCGCGGCCGCCAACAUGAUGGUGGUCGUCCACGUCAUCGGCAGCUACCAGGUGUUCGCCAUGCCGGUCUUCGACAUGAUGGAGACGGUGCUGGUGAAGAAGCUCAAGUUCGCGCCCGGACUACCGCUCCGCCUCGUCGCCCGCUCCGCCUACGUGGCGCUCACCAUGUUCGUCGGCAUGACCUUCCCGUUCUUCGACGGCCUGCUGGGUUUCUUCGGAGGCUUCGCGUUUGCGCCCACCACCUACUUCCUUCCCUGCGUCAUCUGGCUCAUGCUGCGCAAGCCCGCCAGGUUCAGCGCCACGUGGAUCGUCAACUGGGUGUUGAUCGUCCUCGGGGUCCUGCUCAUGCUGCUGGCCCCCAUCGGUGGACUGCGCCAAAUCAUCCUUGAUGCCAAGACUUUCAAGUUCUACUCUUAAAUUAGAUCUAGUACUAUUUCUUAAUUUGUUAGCAAUUCAGCGUACUUUACUAGUUGCAGGGUUAUAUAUGUAGUUUUAAUUCAUUAAUAACGAUGCAGGUUCGU